CGAAAACAGUCGAUUAUGGUGGAGAAUAAAAUGCUCAGCGAAAAUAAAAAAUAAACAAACAAUAAUUGUGAAAACGAGCGCAAUAAACACACGACACCAGAAUUAGUGGUCCAGCAAGUCAAAGAAGUGAUAAGUUAAAAUACAUUAGGAAAUUAAUUUAAUUGCCGUGUCCGUGAUUGAAAUCCGUAAUAGCUAUUAAUUAAGUCGGCUUGGCGUGGCGGAAUAAAAAUUCUUGUCAAAGUGGGGAUUUGUGUGAAUCCAUUAGAUUUAUUCCUUUAGUUAAUGGCGAAGAUAAUUAAAUAUUAAGUGAUUGAAGCGAGUUACAACUAUAAAUAUUCAUUUGCAUACGCGCGUGAAGUAGAUAUACAUACAUACAUAUGUAUGUGUAUGUGUGUGUUUAAUAUACAUCUGGAGUGAAAUACUAAAGUCUACUUAAUUAAUGGUGACAAUUUUAAUGGUUUAUUGAAAUAAAAAUAAAAAAAUUAAACAAUCUUCGUACUUAGUGAAGUAAAUCCGAAUUAAAUACCUACUUUCAUGCAUUUGAAAAGAUAUUUGGUAUGCAAAUCUUCGAGUAUUUGUUGCUCCAUACUGGGACUAGUAGAUGCAUUUGAAUAGGAACUUUGCUCAAACACAACCACCACACAAAACCAGAUGCAAAAUCCCUAUGAAUAUAUGUAUGUAGCAUGCGCAUAUAUUGCAACAUUGGAAUAGUCUGCCUUAUAAAAUAAUAACGAACAGUAGUGCACACAACAAAAAAUUAUGGAUAUAAGUAAGGAAGCAAGUUUUAACCUGAGUCCCCCGUCCUUCAUUUACUACACGGCGCCCACUCCGAACUCCAUGAAUGUGUCUCAAUCGGUUUUGGACCAACGAGCGCUGGGUAAACCAAACUUUUCGGCGAUACUAGCCACAGUUACAGAUGCAUCUACUCAAACGGAGCAAAUGACCAACUCGGCGGUUAAUGAAUUCGCACAUUUCUAUGAUCUGAUGCUAUCCUGGCAAGGCAUUUGUUUGGUCACGAUCUUCUGUGGGCUGAUCGUGAUCACGGUGUUGGGCAACACGUUGGUCAUCAUGGCCAUUAUAACUACGCGUCGCCUGCGCACUGUGACGAAUUGCUUCGUGAUGAGCUUAGCAGUGGCUGAUUUCCUGGUGGGAAUAUUUGUGAUGCCACCAGCGGUAGCCGUAUAUUUAGUGGGCUCUUGGCGCCUUGGCUGGAUCCUUUGUGACAUUUGGAUAUCCCUCGACAUAUUGCUUUGCACCGCGUCCAUACUCAGCCUUUGCGCCAUCAGCAUAGACAGGUACCUGGCUGUAACAAAACCACUAAAGUACUCACACCAGCGUCGUUCAAAACGCCUGGCCCUGCUGAUGAUUCUUAUUGUCUGGCUUUUGGCAUUGGCUAUCACCUGCCCGCCAAUGCUCGGCUGGUAUGAGCCAGGGCGACGUGACCGAGACGAAUGCCGUUACAAUCAAAAUAAAGGAUACGUUAUCUAUUCCGCCAGUGGCUCUUUCUUCCUGCCAAUGAUUGUGAUGAUUUACGUGUAUGUGCGUAUCUCCUGCGUCAUCGCGUCGAGGCAUGACAAGAUGAUCCACACCAGCGUGCACAGUAAGCGCUAUCGACGCUACACAACCACCGAUUCCAACAAUUAUGCGGAACAUCAUUUCUUUGAGCUGGCGUGCGAGAACAGCACCAGCGCGCGUAGAUUCUCUAAUCAAACCAUCGUCAAUGAGCUGAACGAAGUCGUAAUGCCAGAUGUGGAGAACGGUCGUCCGCUUCUCAGUGUAGCGGCAGCGAAUGGUGGUGGCAAAGGCAAUAUUUGCAAUUUGACACGACCAGUGUCAUGGAAAUCGCCACCAGCUACUAUGUAUAAAUUUUCUUCCAAUGCCAAGCGUCACCAAUACGCCCGUUCAUGUCCGCCUGGCUCGAUAGCACAACUCCAGGCGCGCGGUUCGCAACCACAACAGCAACAACUAAAAUCAUUGGCCAACUGUAUAAUUUCGCUGCGAAAGGAGCACAAAACUACACAGACAUUGAGCAUUGUGGUGGGCGGCUUCAUCGCUUGUUGGCUGCCAUUCUUCAUUUACUACCUGAGUACGCCGUUUCUGGAGCAACAUCAGGUCAGCCGGACCCUAACAAAUGUGCUCACCUGGCUGGGUUGGCUCAACAGCGCUAUAAAUCCUUUCAUUUAUGCAUUUUACAGCAUCGAUUUCCGUGUGGCUUUCUGGCGACUCAUCUGCCGACGUUUCUGUAGCAAUACCCUGCGUCCGCGAACGCCUACAACCACAACAUCAACGCGGCUGUAGUCAUCGUGUACCUUGAAAAUGUAGCACACGAGCACAAAAGGAAAAAAGAGGCGCAUCGGUAGCUGAGUUCAGAUGUGCACUCGUACACACACACAUGCAUAAGUGAAGCUUUGCGCGGUCAUUAGCGUAGAAAUGAAUCGAACAUAACUUAAUCUCCACCUGCAAAUGCAGGAUGUAUGUAUGUGCUUACACAGGUGUUGAUGUUUGAAUAUGCUUUUAUAUUAGUGUCUGUGAGUUGGAAACUUUGCGCCUACAAGAGAGACUUUGCACUCAGUAAUAAAUCUGGCGUACCAACCUUUUAUUUUUGUUGCUUUGCAUUUAAAUAUCGAAUUUUAAUAUUUUUAAGUAUUGCCCUAUGAAUUUAUUUGCACGCAUACAUACAUAGACAUUCAUAAGUAUAUAGAAAGCAUUUUCAUGAAUGAACUUGCAUUGCUCGUGCAUCCAUAAUAUUCAACUCUGUAUAAUAAGAAAAUAUGUGUGAAUUGUCCUUAAAAGUAAUUAAUCUUAAUAAAUACUGUGUAUUUACAUCGAUCAAAGGCAGAAAUUUGUAUAAAUAACCUAAAGUAUAAGUAUAUAUGUAUGUAUUGUUUGUCAAGGCGUGAGGCCAAUGUAUAUUAUAAUAAUUAACAUAUUUAUCUCUAGUAUUUAUGUAGGUAUUUAUAACC